AUGGCUUAUAAUCGAAUCAAACAAAUAUUUGAGGCCUUAGAGGCUAGAGAUGCUGUUUUACUCAACGAGAUUAUCGAAAGUAUGAAUGGAAGUGAAAGAGCUUCCGUGUUAUUUCGGAGGGAGAGAAGCGACGACAAGGACUGCGUCUGCUGUUCGCAGGCUACGGAUCGAUGGGUGUCUAGAAAACUACGACCUAUAAAACGAUACGUCUCCAGUGCAUUUCCAGAUAGCAAGUCUCCACUAGUAACUGCAGUUAAAAAUGGAGAUCUCGAUAGUGUUAAAGUACUUUUUAAGCACCACCUACAUAUAGGGGUGCCGUUUCGGGAAGGAUUGUUGUUGUCGGCCGUUAAUGGAAAUACUGAUAUUUUGAGGUACUUCAUUGAAAAAAAAGGUGAUAUCGAUGCACGUAUAAAAAAUCACAGGACCCUUCUGAUGGCGGCGAGUAUGUAUGGUCACACAAAUGCUGUUAACGUUCUUCUACAGGACGGAGCCAAUGUGGCUCUUACAGAUAAAAGACUUGGCUGUACAGCUCUUCACUUUGCUGCAGGUAGUUCAGACAACUCAGGUGAGAUUUUGCGUUGUUUGAUUGAAAAUGGAGCUGAUGUCAAUGGAGUUAAUAAAGUGAAACAUACCCCUUUGAUGAUAGCGGCUAUAAGGGGUCACAUAAACGCACUCACUCUUCUCAUUAAACAUGGAGCUAAUGUGGAUCUUCAAGACAGUGAUGGCUACAAAGCCCUUCACUUUGCUGUGCAUGGUUCUGAUAUCUCAUCUGAGAUUUUUAGUUGUUUGAUUGGAAUUGGAGCUGAUGUCAAUGCACGUACAAACAAUGGAGUCACUCCUCUGAUGAUAGCAGCUGAAGAGGGUCACAUAAAUGCAGUCACCUCUCUUGUUAAAUGUGGUGCUAAUGUGGAUCUUCAAGACAAAUAUGGUAACACUGCCCUUCACUAUGCUGCAGGCUUAAGUGUUGAUGAACGCUUUAGUGAUGAUCUUCCUGAGAUUGUAGAAAUGCUGUUAAAUCUUGGAGCAUCCCACAUGUGCAACCACCAAGGACUAAAACCACUUCAUCAAGCCAGCAUUAGUGGAAAUAUUGCAGUGGUGGAGUAUUUAAUUCAGAGACCAGAAAUAACAAGAGAACAAAGAGUGGAUGCUCUAGAGCUGCUUGGUGCCUCUCUUGCUACUCAAUUUAGUCAUAUUAGUCUUCUUGACUUUUUGGUUUGGGAAGGACUGAUGUACAUCAAGCUUGGCAUGGAAGAGAGAUUUGUGGAUCCAUCUCAGCCUAUAUUAAAACAACCGAAGGAACCUGCUUAUGGCAACAGAAAAGAGAGCCAAACACCUGAGGAACUUGCUCAGAUAGAAGGUGACACUGAGGCUAUCCUGAUGGAAUCCCUUCUUAUUAAAGAGAGAAUCCUUGGAACAAACCACAGUGAGCUACUUCCAUCAAUUAGAUUUGUCUGCAGGCAAGGCAACCUUACCGAUCCUUCUUUACUAAUAGCACUGUAUAGACGUGCAGUGGAUAUAGCACAGAAAUCUAAUUUAUCUGCCCUUGAUGAUUUUCAAGAAAUAAGUCAUUUAUUGCAUAAAAUUUGCAACGGGAGUAAUCAUCUAAAAGAAAAGGAUUUGCUUGAAUUGCUGAGGCAAAUAGUUAUUGAGUAUGAGAAGCAACACACAAAGAGAAGAAGAUUAAACAAAUGA